GAUCGACGAACAAAGAAGAACUGGAUCCACCAAAAAGAUGAUGAAUGUUUUGGCUCUCUCCUUAGUCCUCACCACACUGGUGACGGCCGGAGUUUGGUCUCCGCCGCCGCAAGAGAAAACCCACGGCCAGGAGGAUGUGAUCGUCAAAGAGGGGCACAGGGUUGUUGUCGUGGAGUACGAGAAAGAUCACGGCUGGAACACCAAGGUCUCCAUUUCUCCACACGAAAUUACGGAGGAGCAUAAAAAUCCCACGCCGGUGCCUGAAAUAGAGGAAACGGCGGAUGGCGGUGGAAGUGAUGAUUCUCAUCUCUCGACGAAGAAGAAGACGGCAACCCCUAGAGAGCUCGUUUGUGACGCUUAUGGUAAGUGCAAGCACAGGAUCGCCGGUGCUCUCGGCCUGACGAAAGACGCUGCGGCGGAGAAGGCCCUUGAUGUGGCGGGGAAGGCAAAAGAAGGGGCGGAUAUAGCGUAUGAGGCGGAGGAAGGAUCUAGACACGCUGUUGGGGAUGUGGCGGGGAAGGCCGGAGAAUGGGCCGCAGAGAAGGCGUAUGACAUGAAGGAAAGGACUUCGCAAAACGUUGGGGAGGGGCUAGAAAAGGCGAGCCAAACUGCGGCGGAGAAGGCACAAAACGCGGAGAAAGGGAUGAGGCAUGUCGUUGGAGAUGGCCUCGAAAAGGGGAGAGAUGGUGUGGCGGGGAUGGCCCGAAAGGCGUAUGACCUGGAGGAAGAUACGAGGGAUGCCGUCGGCGAGGGGCUCGGAAAGGCAAAAGAAGGUGUUGUGGAGAUAAGCCGAAAGGCGGCAGAGAUGGCCGGAGACGCGGCUGAGAGGGCGUAUAAUGUGGAGGAAAAAACGAGGCGUUCAAUCGGAGAGGGGCUGGGCAAGGCUGGAGAUAUGGCCCGGGCCAUGGCGGGGAAGGCAUAUAGCGCCGAGGAAGGAACGAGGCAGGCGGUCAAGGAUGGCAUCGAAAAGGCGAGAGACACGGUAGUGGAUAAAGGUCACCGGGCGGCGCAGAAAGUGUACGAGGUGGAGGAAGGAGCCCGGGAAUCGGUCAAAGAGCAAGUAUCCGCGGCGGCCGGGGAAGUGAAAGCAAUGAAGAGGGAAGUUAGGGAGAAGGUUGAAAAAGUCAAGGAAACAAUGAAGGACAAAAUAGUCAAAACCAUGGAGAAGGUAUCGGGUAUGGCUAAUUUGGUUGGGUUAGCAACGGCUUAUGGGAUGAGUGUUUGGGUAACAUUUGUAUCAAGCUACGUGCUGGCCCGGGCAUUACCCAGGCACCAAUUUGCGGGUAUCCAAUCCAAAAUAUACCCGGUUUAUUUCAAGGCUAUGGCUUAUAGCAUUGGGACAGCGCUUUUAGGGCAUUUAGUAAGUCAAAGUCAAAGGGUUGACAAGUUCAUGGGGUUCAACCUUCUGCUUCCACUCGUCAUGGUCUUGGUCAAUUUGCUCUACUUGGAGCCACGCGCCACAAAGGUGAUGUUCGAGAGGAUGAAGAUGGAAAAGGAAGAGGGAAGAGGCAAAGAGGGUCACGUCGACGGGUUGACCGAAUCGGACUCGAACCCGGUCGGGGUUGUAACCGCAACGGCUGCAAAAAAGCAACAAGAAAGAGCGGAGGGUGUAACAAAGCAGGACAUUAUAAGAUUGAGCAAAAGACUGAAGAGGCUGAACUCAUAUUCUUCUUUUCUAAACGUGACUACCCUCAUGUCUCUUACGUUGUACCUUGCUAGCCUCGGCCACCGCCUUCACACACUGUGCAUGUAAAUUAUGUACUAAUUAACUAGGUUAAUUAUCCAUCCGCAUAUUUCUUUUCUCUGUUCUAAUAUAUCUACAGGUCAUGUUAAAUUAAUCUUGUAUGUGUUGUACCUUCUUCUCCCCAUAUAUAUGUUCUCU